AUGACGUUAAUGGAGGGCGACGUGAUACUGACCGGUACUCCGGCGGGUGUAGGUCCUGUCCGAGUAGGCCAGAAGAUCAAAGCUGGCAUUACUGGCUUCGUUGAUGUGGAGUUUGAUGUUCAGAGGCGCAAGCGGCUGUCUUCUACCUAA